AUGCUCUCAGAAGCAUCAAUAGAGCCGCGCCCUCAGUCGGGGGCUCCUCGUGCGGAGAUGUCUCACGAGGCUGCUACUGCGGUGAUGAGGGGUGAAUUUGCUAAUGGGGGGAGAGAGGGAGUGAACACGGAUGAUUUGGCAGCAGCUGCGGCUCGACGGACAGAGGCUCUGUUGGCGAGGGAAGCUGUACCGAAGGCCGGCGGUCAGGAGGUGGCUCAAAGGCGGAAGGAGGUUCCUGUAAAGGUGGCGCAGAAGCGGCCUUUGGCAGAGUCGACUACGGCGGCAGAGGUCCAAGCUAGCGUGAAAAAGGAGGAAGCGCAAGUGAAAGUGGCGACAACGCCAAUCGAUGAGCAUCAGAAAAAGGCAGCACCGAAAGUUAGGAGUACGCCUCCGUCAACAGGGGUUAAGCGGAGGAGGGUUAACGCCAAAGCGAAGGGGGCUGUUGGGGGAGAUGCGAAUGGUGUGGUAUUCGAUAAACAGCAUGUGGUGAAGAUGUUGGGGAAGGGCGUUCAGGCCGGUAGUCAGUUACAGGAGAUGAGGGGGGAGGUGGGGGUACUGCCAAAGCCUAAGCAACAGGUGAUGACAGCGCCAUUGGAGUGGCAAGCUAGUCAUCAGAUGCCCUCUCAUAGUUUGCAGGAUGCAUUUGAGGUGUGGGCAUUCUGUUGCCAUUACUCUGACUCUCUUGUGGGUAUCCCGGCUCGGCCAGCAGGGGAGUUUGCAGAUGCUUUAUUCGCGAGGACAUUGACGCCGCUGAUGCAGAGAAUUCACCUGGCCCUGUUGCGGUUGGUGGUGCCCCAUGUGGUGGCCUUGAGCGCUCGAGAGAGCUCUGAUAAGGCAACUUGUGGAGCUCUCCCGUAUCUCCCGUUGAAGGCCUCAUCAACGACCCUUACACUAGGAUGGCAAUGUUUAGUUUCGGAGACUAUUUUGACGUUGGCGAAGGAGGAAGGGAGGAGAGAGGAAAUUGAGGAGGGCGCGAAAUGGAUGAAUUUGGUUGAAUAUAAAGACAUUCCAGUUCGAGUUCGUAUAACAGUCAUUAAGGCGUUGCUGGAUAGUUGUCGCGUGUCACCAUUAUAUGUGCGAUAUCGGGCAUGCGUGUCGGCGGCGCUCGAGCGGGGGAAGGUGUUGACGGCGAGGCUAGCGAGGAUAGAGAAUGAGAGUAUGGCUAGGGAGGUGGAGAUUGGGAGAGAUGCUAUUACCGAGAGGAUAGAGGAUCGUCGGCGAGAGCUGGAGCAGUUGGAAAUGGCACUGUGUCGGGAGGGUGUGGGAAAGGAGUUGAGGAAGCUGAGUAAAAGGAGGAGGGUGGUGAGCGCGGUCCGUCAACAGGGUACUAGGGCUCUGUUGAGGUUGGCGCCGGAUGAGAUGACAGGCCAGCUAACGGCAGUUGGCGUGGAUAGGGCUGGCCACUCUUACUUUGUCAUACCGCAAGUAUCGUCCACGACUCCAUGCGUAUGCGUACGGUAUUCUAAUGGGGCUUUGGGCUUCUAUCAAACUAAGGAGGAAGUGGAAGGAUUGGUGCUAAGUCUUGAUCAAGAGCCCAGCAGAGCUGAGGGGAAGCUGAGGCGGCAGUUGGCGGAGCGCACAGCGAAGGAUUUGGAAGUGCGAGAAUCUUUCCCGCCAGAUCUGCGGUCAGUGGAAGGCUUGACGUGUUUGGAAGCGGGAAGUGAGUUGAGAGAAAUCGUAAAGAAGUUACGAAACGAGGCGGAUAGACUUUUGAAAUUAACUGUUGAGACGAGCCCGAUUGUUGAGGUGAGCGAAGGCUAUAACAAGAUGAAGGCGAUGCUGAUGCGUUGGUUUCGGCAGAAGAAGUGCUGGGAGAAAGAGGAGGGAUGGUGGGAGGAAUAUGAGAGGGGAUGUGAUGAGGGCAGUGUGGAGGAUGUGGUGGCGCCUCUGAACAUGGAGGAGUUGAAGGAUAUGGGUUCGGAUAAGGAUAAGUCUCCGGUAGUGGCAUCGGCUCCGAUGAUUCGAUGGCCGUCUGUGAGUACCCCUAAAACGGUUAAGAGUGAACAUCAAUCGCCGAUGAGCGGGCGGAGGAGAGUUUCCGAGGCAAGAGGGGGCAGCGUUAUUGAGGCGAAGUAUGAGAGGUUGAAUAGGCUUGGACAGGGAACGUAUGGUACAGUAUCGAGAUGUCGGAAUAAGAAGACUGGAGAGUUGGUAGCAGUAAAAGCUUUGUUAACGCCGGAAGAGAUGAAAAGAAAGUCGAAGGAAGGGUUCCCAGUAGUAUCCCUACGAGAGAUCGGUGUGCUGUCUCGAGUGAAGCACCGGAAUGUGGUGGAGUUGAAGGAAGUGGUCCAUGAUGGGGAAGACAGUGUCUAUCUGGUCUUUGAGUAUUGUGAACAUGAUAUUGCUACUCUGAUGGAUGUAAAUGGGGUAUCGUUCUCUGAAGGGGACGUGAAGUGCAUUUUUGUACAGCUACUACAAGCGGUGCAGUAUCUCCAUUGGGUUGGCAUCAUUCAUAGAGACAUAAAACCGCCUAAUUUAUUGCUUAACAACAAAGGGGUGCUUAAAUUGGCGGACUUUGGCUUGGCUAGGGGGUAUUCUCAUACCAUUCCUCCUAGAGAUCAGCAUCUUACUACGGUGGUGGUCACGCUGUGGUAUAGAGCACCUGAGCUGCUCUUAGGACAGUCAGACUACACCCCAGCGAUCGAUGUAUGGUCCUGCGGAUGUGUUUUGAUGGAACUCCUCUUGAGCCGACCUCUCCUACCCGGCAUGUCAGAGUCUGAUCAACUGGCACGUAUAUUCGGUUUACUGGGUACUCCUAGAGCGAUCGACUGGCCUGAGAUACAGUAUCUACCGCACUAUGAAGAUUUGGCUAAACCGUUGUUGUUCACGACUUCGAAAGAUACGUUGCAGAGCGUUUUACGAGAUACGUCCACUCCAGCAGUACUGUACGAUUACAUCACCAACGAUCUCCUCACGGUGGCCCCGGGCAAGCGCGGAGAUGCCUGUCGUUGCUUGAAACAUGAAUCUCGCGAAACGGAGAUGCUGUUGCAGGGAAAUGAGGAGGGUGGUGGAGUAGCUCAUGGUGAUGUUGGUGAUGGGCAGAAUCUUCCGGCUGCGGGAAGCUCGAGGGAUAAUCUUGUUCAUUGGACACGACUACUUGGUCUUGCACGCACGCAGAAGAUUUUGUUGAUAUCGGGCUACUCGGACUUGGUACGAGGAGCUGGAGCCUCCACGAGAGUUUUCAGUCUGCUUGAUCGACGUCAGGGAUCAGGUCCUCUGACACACUCAAAUGAGGAGGAUAGUUCAACGAGCCAGUUGCUUGCCCGGCGGUGGCGAGGCGAGAUCAGAUUUAAGAAUGUCUCUUUCGUGUACCCAUCCCGGCCAUCCUCCUUCGUCCUUCGCAAUCUGAGUCUAACUGCUCCAGGGGGAGAGUGCACUUGCUUGGUGGGAGAGUCAGGAGCUGGGAAGUCAACCAUAUUCCUUCUACUACAGAGGCUUUAUUCUUGCCCACCUGGUCGGAUAUUUAUAGACGAUAUCGAUGUGAAUACGAUACCCACCAGAUUGCUGCGACGAAAGCUCCUCGGUUUGGUUGGUCAAGAGCCGGUCCUUUUCCGAGGGUCUAUACGAUCUAAUGUGCUCUAUGGUGUUGAUAAUGGUGGUACUGAUGAUGCGGAUAACGGCGACCAUCGGUUACAACAUGCCUUGAAGAUCGGUCACUGCUUGGGUUUCGUCGGACAGCUCCCAGGAGGUGUUGACUGCGAGGUGGGCGAGCGCGCAGUGCAGCUGUCCGGCGGCCAGAAGCAGCGCCUCGCUAUUGCUCGAGCUGUUGCUAUGGACCCUCGAAUACUCCUACUUGACGAAGCCACUUCAGCUUUAGAUACCGAAAGCGAGCGACAGGUCCAAGAGGCCUUAGAUGAGGCUAUGGUGGGCCGUACUACUCUGUCAAUCACCCACAGAGUCCUCAGUGCAGCUAGACUGGCCUCUACUGUGGUUGUGCUAGACAAGGGGAGGGUGGUGGAAACAGGAAAGCCCAAUGAACUGUUGAAGGACCGGAAGUCGGCCUUCAAGUUGUUGCUCGAUCGUCAGCAGUGCUUACCGUCAUGA